AUGCUUCAAAGAGUCAUAUCUAGAAGAGCUUAUGGCAUCAGACACUUUUCAACUCAUUCCAGAGUCGCAGUCAUUGGUGGUGGAACUGCAGGCAUGGCUGCUCGCUCACAAUUAGCCGAAAAUGGUGUUUUCAGACCUGAAGAAAUCAGUGUUUUUGAGCCAAGGGAGACACAUCUCUACCAACCAUCUUUCACUAUGAUCGGAGGAGGCGUUUUAGGGAAUAACCAAGCUACAGUUAAAAAGAAGGAAUUUUCCCAUAUCAAAAGACCAACAGAUUCUCUCUUCCAUACAGGAGUAAACCUUAUUAAAGAGAAGGUAGUCUCUCUAGACCCAGAAAACAAUUCUUUCACAACCAACAAAGGACAGCAUACUUACGAAUACCUAGUUAUUGCUCCUGGAUUGAAAUUAAGAUAUGACCUUAUUGAAGGAGCUUCAGAAGCUUUGGACGAUCCAGAUCAUCCAGUCGUCUCAAUCUACAGAGAAGACUAUGCCUACAAGACCUUGAAGCAUCGAGAAAAUUUCACUAAGGGGACUGCUUUGUUCUACCAACCUCCUUUCCCUAUUAAAUGUGGAGGAGCUCCCCAGAAAAUCCUCUACCUCUCAGAGUCAAGAUGGAGAGAACUUGGAACCAGAGGAAACAUUGAUCUCCAGUACUACACAGCAGCCAAUGUUAUGUUCCCACCUUGCGAAAAAUACUCAAUGGCUCUUGAUAAACUUAGGACAGAGUUAGGUAUCCCUGUCCAUUUCGAGCAUGUCAUGAAAGCAGUGGAUAAGAAUAGCAAAGAAAUUCUAUUCACGAAUACAUCAACUGGAAAAGAACAUGCCGUCAAAUAUGAUUUCCUUCAUCUUGUACCUCCUCAGACUAACCAUGAUUUCAUCAUUAAUAGUCCUUUGGCAGGAGCAGGAGGCUGGACAGCUGCAGACCAAAACUCGAUGCAGAAUCCAAACUUCCCAAACGUAUUUAGUGUAGGAGACAGUGCAGGAGUUCCCUCAUCAAAAACUGCUGCUUCAACCUUUGCUCAGGUCCCUGUCAUGGUCGAGAACCUAGUAAAGCAUUCUCAGGGAGAAGAGGUGAAGGCUUCAUUUAGUGGAUACGGAAGUUGUCCUCUUUUUACAGGAGACAACAAAUUGAUGCUAGCUGAAUUCAAAUACGGAGGAGCUUCAAAUGAAACUUUCUACAGUAAACAAGAUAUCCCAUCAAGAAUCUUUUACCAAAUGAAGAAAGAUUUGUUCCCUUGGAUUUACUUCAACCUCGUCCCAAAGGGACAAUGGUAUGGAAAUAAGACAGUUUUCAAGCCUAGAUUCUUCUAAAAUGUUCAUCUGACCAAUUUAGUCAUCCACAUAUUUGGUG